GUGUGUGUGCUGAGGAGGCUGGCAGUGAGGAGGCUGGCAGUGAGGAGCAGAGGACCGGGACGAUGCUGGACGCUGGAUGCUGAGACGGAGCUGCUGCUGUUACUUUCUUUCAUACUGAAGCAGCUCUGAUCCUGACAGGACAAAAAGAAAAACCCCACGUCUGCUGGAAAGCCUCGGGAUCAGUCAAUCAGGGAGGUAUCGUCCGUUGCAGUCGCCUGCUUGGACCAGAGGCGAGAAGUGGAGGAUUAGGCGGACGAUGAACAUGUCUGGCGGCCCCCCAGGGGAGGAGCUCACGGAUGAGGAGAAGGAGAUCAUCAACAGUGUACUGGCUCGUGCGGCCAUGAUGGAGAACAUGGAGCAAGAGAGGAUUGGGCGUCUUUCCAGUCGCCUGGAUAAUAUCAAGAAGACAGCAUGUGGUGACGGACAGUCGCACUGUUUGUUGUGUGGGGCGUCUUUUGGACCGCAGGGGGUCACAGCUGUCCUCUGUGUGCAGUGCAAAAAACACAUGUGCAGCAAAUGUGGGAUUUGGAGCAACAGCAGGACAUGUCCUAUGUGGCUGUGCAGAAUCUGCAAUGAAGACCAAGAGGUACAGAAGCGUUCAGGAGCUUGGUUCUUCAAGGGGAGAGAACAGCAGGGUCUGCCUGCCCCCCUCCCUCUGUCCAGACCUCGACAGUCCAGCACCGAGAACAGUUCUGGUUCAGGAGGCCGAAAUGGAUCACAGGAACCUUUAACGCAUCAUCAGCGAUAUGAGCUUAGUGCAGAGCCACAGCAGCAGCAGUUCUGUGGAUCAGAACAAUGGGAGCAGACAGCAAGAACAACAGCUGACAGCUAUAAUGAGAAUCAGUCCUGUCCAGCAGCUGUAAUGAAAACUGAGAGACAUGUGUUAGCCUCCAAACCACCUCGGGCAAACGCACAACAGGCCGCCCCCACCUCAGAUGUGGAAAACAAACGCUCAGAGCGGGAAGAGACAGUGUCUCCUCAAGCUGUGGAGGAAAAAAGACAGCCUGUUGUCUCCAGCUCCAUUUCAUCACAUAAUCCCGCAACCAGAAUUAUUCCACCUGUUAAUCCACCGGUUAACAACCCCGCUCCCCCACGACCCCCACCUGAUCGAACAGAGGAUGAGGACAACGACUAUGACUCAGAUGAUGCCACCACUCUGGGAUCUCUGGAGUUCAGUCUCCUUUAUGAACAGGAGACCCAUGCUCUACACUGUUGUCUUAUUAAAGCUAAGGGUUUAAAGCCAAUGGACUCAAACGGACUUGCUGACCCGUAUGUGAAGCUGCACCUCUUACCUGGAGCCAGUAAGUCUAACAAGCUUCGCACCAAGACACUUAAAAACACCCUGAAUCCUGUGUGGAAUGAGACACUGGUCUAUCACGGUAUCACUGAUGAGGAAAUGUCACGCAAAACUCUCCGGCUUUCAGUGAGCGACGAGGACAAGUUUGGACACAAUGAAUUCAUAGGAGAGACACGAGUUGCCCUGAAGAAACUGAAGUUUAACCAGAAGAAGAACUUCAGUGUUUGUUUAGAGCGAGUGAUCCCGGUGAAGAAGGCUGUAGGAGGAUCAGCCCGUGGCAUGGCUCUCUAUGAGGAUGACCUGAAUGAAGGUGAGGAUUCGGAGGAGAGGGGUCGUAUCCUGGUAUCACUGAUGUACAACAGUCAGCAGGGUCGUCUGAUCGUGGGCGUGGUCCGCUGCGCUCACCUGGCUGCCAUGGACUCCAACGGCUACUCUGACCCAUUUGUCAAAGUAUGUCUGAAGCCAGACAUGGGGAAGAAAGCUAAAAACAAGACACAGAUAAAAAAGAAGACCCUCAAUCCAGAGUUUAACGAGGAGUUCGGUUAUGAAAUAAAACAUGGUGAGUUAGCCAAGAAAACCCUUGACAUCUCAGUCUGGGACUAUGACAUGGGAAAAUCCAAUGAUUUCAUUGGAGGAUGUCAGUUAGGCAUCCAGGCUAAAGGAGAGUGUUUGAAGCACUGGUACGAAUGCCUCAAGAACAAAGACAAGAAGAUUGAGCGCUGGCAUGUUCUGCUAAAUGACAGCACUGUCCAGUUUGAGGAUUAAAAUGUCUCCCCCUGUUCUAUGUAUUUUCUCUAUUGUUCUCCCUGUAGAAUACUGUCUUCCAGUAAGCACGGGUAGACAGAUAUUAUCCUUUUGCUUUUAUGUAGUUUGUCCCAAAGUGCAAUGUGCAAGCUACAUUUCCAGCAGUUUUCAGGUGACCAACAUGGAUGUUGACCUUGGGGCUCUUUGUAAUAAUGAGUGACCACUAAACAAAACCAGGAAGCUGUCAUUUUCACUGUUAUCAUAUCAUAAACUGUAUCACAUAAUAAAUAAACCUUACUGUACCUGACAUGCGGUAAUAAUUGAAUAGAGUGAUUAUCAGAUUUUAUGGAGCAGAUAAAACCCUUGUAAUUGUUAGGAUCAAUUAAGACGGUAAUGUUGUAAUGAAGUGUGUCUCCAUGCUCAGACCCAACGGAGGAAAUUCCCACUUUUCUGUCUCUGACCUCUUUUCCCUAUGUUGCUCUUUGCUCUCAUAUGGGAUCAUGUAAUGUGUUAUCAGCUGAUCUAUGUGACCAUGUCGUUCGAGUGUUUGCAUCACCAAAACAUUCAUUUUACUUGUGUUAUUGUGCAUAUAACUGUGCAUCAGAAAUGGGACACUUACAGAUGUUUGGUUAUUAAAAUGACACUUUUUUGUUGUUGAUGUGAAAUGCAUUUGCUUUUUGAUACAGAUAACAUGUAGGUCUCAUUAUGGCCACUGUCACUACAUCAGCUUCACCUGUGCAUUUGUGAGCUCUCUGUCUGUCUGUCUUCUGGAGAAAUCCAGAGGCCCAAAAUGCUUCUGCAUGUCAUUUUAUUAUGAAGAACAAAUGUGAUUAUGCAACGUAAGCGCAAGUGCCAGAAAAUUCAUGAAAUAUCCCUCCAGAGGUAUACUUGAUUAAUAGACUUUAAUGCCAGGUUAUCAGAUCGGCACAAGUGUUUUCAGCUAAAUAAUCAAUCUGUAUUCAUGUUGAUGCAUGUCUGAACUCAUAUUAUAACAUACACGUGGCUAAUAAAGAAAGAUAUCAUGACA